AUGACUUCAGCCUCGACACCACCUAUCGGCUCUUGUAGUGCACCACCGAUGAUUGGACCACCGUACAAGCCCAAGGGAUGGUUCGUAAAGGUCCAUGGCAUCAAGAUCUGUGAGUCCCACCUCCAUAACAUCCAAUGCUUGUCGCUAAACUAUGUGUUCGCAGACGGGAACGGGCCGCAGGAUGCCACAAAGGCUCUUUUGAUAAUAUACGAUGUGUUCGGCUUCUCGUCACAGAUCCUUCAAGGAGCAGACUUUCUAGCCGGUAUGUGAUGCCAAGUAGAUCAUUCUCUCGGGCUGCUAAAUCUCUUGAGCGCGGCACAUUAUUGCCUGUUUUCAAGCGCUGACUCGCAAGCAGCACAAGGGUAUAAGGUGUUUAUGCCAGAUCUCUUGGAAGGCAGACCAGCACCGAUGGAAUGGAUGCCAAUGCCAGACGCGACUGGAAGGGAACCACCAGCGAAUGACCGCGCGCUCGAUGAGUUUUGUCAAGGCCCUGGGAACACACAGAGCACGAUAGGAAAGGUCCUUCAGAUUACGCAAAUAUCUCAAGCCAGCAAUCCCCAAAUCACCAAAUGGGGGCUAGUCGGAUACGGUUGGGGAGGAUACGUUGCAAACUGCCUGCUCGCUGCUGGAUCGCCAUUCGAGGCAUGCGCGCAACUCCAACCUGGAUGGCCUGGUCAAGAGGUUGCCGAGAGAGUAGCAAAGCCCAUUUUAGCACUUUGCUCAAAGGACGAACCGGAAAGCGAUUAUGCACACUUCAAGCCUUAUCUCAAGGUAGAUGCCAAGUUCGUGCAUUUCCCAAAAAUGAUCCAUGGCUGGAUGAGCGCGAGAGGGGACUUGUACAGGCCAGAGGUACAAAGGGACUACCAGCGAGGCUACGAGAUAGUAGCAGAGUGGUUCAUGCGGUAUCUGUAG